GUGGCCUUUAGGGCGGAGCCGCUGCUUUGCUGGUCUCAGUCGGCCGCGGGUUAGCGGCGGGCGGCGUCCGGUACCCGUCCCUCUGGUCCGCCAGCUCUCGCUGGAGUUCGACCGCUUUCUCUGCACUGCCCGCGGGUCCCGAGCGCGGCGUCAUGUCGGAUCCCGGGGGCGGCGGCGAGGACGGCUCGGCCGGCCUGGAGGUGUCGGCCGUGCAGAACGUGGCCGACGUGUCGAUGCUGCAGAAGCACCUGCGCAAGCUGGUGCCGCUGCUGCUGGAGGACGGCGGCGAGGCGCCGGCCGCGCUGGAGGCGGCGCUGGAGGAGAAGAGCGCCCUGGAGCAGAUGCGCAAGUUCCUCUCGGACCCGCAGGUCCACACGGUGCUGGUGGAGCGCUCCACGCUCAAAGAGGAUGUUGGUGAUGAAGGAGAAGAAGAAAAAGAAUUCAUUUCCUAUAAUAUCAACAUAGACAUUCAUUAUGGAGUCAAGUCCAACAGCUUGGCGUUCAUUAAACGCACUCCAGUCAUUGAUGCAGACAAACCAGUGUCUUCCCAGCUCCGCGUUCUCACGCUCAGCGAGGACUCCCCAUAUGAAACCUUGCAUUCUUUCAUUAGCAAUGCUGUGGCUCCUUUCUUUAAGUCCUACAUCAGAGAGUCUGGCAAGGCAGACAGGGAUGGUGAUAAAAUGGCGCCUUCCGUUGAAAAAAAGAUUGCGGAACUUGAAAUGGGACUCCUUCACCUGCAGCAAAACAUUGAAAUUCCAGAGAUCAGCCUGCCAAUUCACCCAAUUAUUACAAAUGUCGCCAAGCAGUGCUAUGAGCGUGGAGAAAAGCCAAAAGUUACAGACUUUGGAGAUAAGGUUGAAGACCCAACUUUUCUUAAUCAGCUACAGUCCGGAGUUAACCGCUGGAUCCGAGAAAUUCAGAAAGUGACCAAACUUGACCGAGACCCUGCCUCAGGAACGGCCUUACAAGAAAUCAGUUUCUGGCUGAACUUGGAGCGUGCGUUGUACCGCAUACAGGAGAAGCGCGAGAGCCCGGAGGUUCUGCUCACGCUGGAUAUCCUGAAGCACGGCAAGCGCUUCCACGCCACCGUCAGCUUCGACACAGACACAGGUCUAAAACAGGCUUUGGAAACAGUGAAUGACUACAACCCUCUGAUGAAAGAUUUCCCUCUGAACGAUUUGCUGUCUGCCACUGAGCUGGACAAGAUCAGGCAGGCUCUGGUGGCGAUUUUCACCCAUUUGAGGAAGAUCCGAAACACGAAGUAUCCCAUCCAGAGGGCCCUGCGCUUGGUGGAGGCCAUUUCAAGAGACUUGAGCUCCCAGCUACUCAAAGUGUUGGGCACUAGAAAACUAAUGCACGUUGCUUAUGAAGAAUUCGAAAAGGUCAUGGUGGCGUGCUUCGAAGUGUUUCAGACUUGGGAUGAUGAAUACGAGAAACUUCAGGUGUUGCUGAGAGACAUUGUCAAACGGAAAAGGGAAGAAAAUCUGAAGAUGGUGUGGCGAAUCAACCCUGCCCACAGGAAGCUGCAGGCUCGCCUGGACCAGAUGAGGAAGUUCCGACGGCAGCACGAGCAGCUGAGGGCAGUCAUCGUCCGGGUCCUGAGGCCACAGGUCACAGCGGUUGCACAGCAGAAUCAAGGGGAGGUCCCUGAACCCCAGGAUAUGAAAGUAGCUGAGGUUCUCUUCGAUGCCGCCGAUGCGAAUGCUAUUGAGGAGGUAAACCUCGCCUACGAGAAUGUCAAGGAAGUGGACGGACUGGAUGUUUCCAAAGAAGGCACAGAGGCGUGGGAGGCCGCGAUGAAGAGAUACGACGAGAGGAUUGACAGGGUGGAGACCCGGAUCACUGCUCGCCUUCGGGAUCAGCUCGGCACAGCCAAGAAUGCUAACGAGAUGUUUAGGAUUUUCUCCAGGUUCAAUGCACUGUUUGUCAGGCCUCACAUCCGGGGCGCCAUCCGUGAAUACCAGACCCAGCUAAUCCAGCGCGUGAAAGACGACAUCGAGUCUCUUCACGACAAGUUCAAAGUGCAGUACCCACAGAGUCAGUCCUGCAAGAUGAGCCACGUGCGCGACCUGCCGCCUGUGUCCGGGUCCAUCAUCUGGGCGAAGCAGAUUGACAGGCAGCUGACCGCCUACAUGAAGCGUGUGGAGGACGUCCUGGGUAAGGGCUGGGAGAACCACGUGGAGGGGCAGAAGCUGAAGCAGGACGGUGACAGUUUCCGCAUGAAGCUCAACACCCAGGAAAUAUUUGACGACUGGGCCCGGAAGGUGCAGCAGCGGAACCUGGGCGUCUCGGGGCGCAUCUUCACCAUCGAAAGUACCCGGGUUCGUGGCCGAUCUGGGAACGUCCUCAAGCUUAAGGUCAACUUCCUGCCCGAGAUUAUCACACUUUCAAAAGAAGUUCGAAACCUCAAGUGGCUUGGUUUUCGAGUCCCUCUGGCGAUUGUGAACAAGGCUCAUCAAGCCAACCAGCUCUACCCGUUUGCCAUCUCCCUGAUUGAAAGCGUGCGCACCUACGAGCGCACCUGUGAGAAGGUGGAGGAACGGAACACCAUCUCUCUGCUGGUGGCCGGCCUGAAGAAGGAGGUGCAGGCCCUGAUCGCUGAGGGCAUCGCCUUGGUGUGGGAAUCCUACAAACUCGACCCAUACGUGCAGCGGCUAGCAGAGACUGUCUUCAACUUCCAGGAAAAGGUGGAUGAUCUGCUGAUUAUUGAAGAAAAAAUAGACCUGGAAGUGCGUUCCCUGGAAACCUGUAUGUACGAUCACAAGACUUUCUCCGAGAUCCUGAACAGGGUCCAGAAAGCUGUGGACGACCUGAACCUGCACUCAUACUCCAACCUGCCCAUCUGGGUCAACAAGCUGGACAUGGAGAUUGAAAGAAUACUGGGUGUCCGCCUGCAAGCUGGCCUCAGGGCUUGGACCCAGGUGCUUCUUGGACAAGCUGAAGAUAAGUCUGAAGUCGACAUGGACACAGACGCUCCACAAGUUAGUCACAAACCUGGUGGAGAGCCAAAGAUCAAGAAUGUCGUUCACGAGCUCAGAAUAACCAAUCAGGUCAUCUACUUGAACCCGCCCAUCGAAGAGUGCAGGUACAAGCUGUAUCAGGAAAUGUUUGCCUGGAAGAUGAUCGUGCUGUCUCUCCCCAGGAUCCAGAGUCAGAGGUACCAGGUGGGCGUGCAUUACGAGCUGACGGAAGAGGAGAAGUUCUAUCGGAAUGCUUUGACACGGAUGCCGGAUGGCCCCAUGGCCCUGGAAGAGUCCUACUCUGCCGUCAUGGGCAUCGUGACUGAAGUCGAGCAGUACGUCAAGGUUUGGCUUCAGUACCAGUGCUUGUGGGACAUGCAGGCCGAAAACAUCUAUAACAGACUCGGGGAAGACCUCAACAAGUGGCAAGCUCUCUUGGUUCAGAUAAGGAAGGCCAGAGGGACCUUUGACAACGCGGAAACCAAGAAAGAGUUUGGGCCCGUGGUUAUAGAUUACGGCAAGGUGCAGUCCAAGGUGAACUUGAAGUACGACUCCUGGCAUAAGGAGGUUCUCAGCAAAUUUGGGCAGAUGCUUGGAUCCAACAUGACAGAAUUCCACACGCAGAUCUCCAAGUCUCGCCAAGAGCUGGAGCAGCACUCGGUGGACACCGCCAGCACCUCGGACGCCGUCACCUUCAUCACCUACGUGCAGUCUUUGAAACGGAAGAUCAAGCAGUUUGAGAAGCAAGUUGAGCUCUACCGCAAUGGUCAGCGCUUGCUGGAGAAGCAGAGGUUCCAGUUCCCGCCCUCCUGGCUUUAUAUUGACAACAUUGAGGGCGAGUGGGGCGCCUUCAAUGACAUCAUGCGGCGGAAGGACUCUGCCAUUCAGCAGCAGGUGGCCAACCUGCAGAUGAAGAUCGUCCAGGAGGACCGGGCCGUGGAGAGCCGCACCACCGACCUGCUGACUGACUGGGAGAAGACCAAGCCCGUCACGGGCAAUCUCCGCCCGGAGGAGGCGCUGCAGGCUCUCACCAUCUACGAGGGCAAGUUCGGCAGGCUGAAGGACGACCGGGAGAAGUGUGCGAAGGCCAAGGAGGCGCUGGAACUGACGGACACGGGACUCCUGAGUGGCAGUGAAGAGCGCGUCCAGGUGGCCCUGGAGGAAUUACAGGACCUCAAGGGCGUUUGGUCAGAGCUCUCCAAGGUCUGGGAGCAGAUUGAUCAGAUGAAGGAGCAGCCGUGGGUGUCGGUGCAGCCUCGGAAGCUUCGACAGAACUUAGAUGGCCUCCUGAACCAGCUGAAAAACUUCCCCGCCCGCUUGCGGCAGUACGCGUCCUACGAGUUCGUCCAGCGGCUCCUCAAAGGCUACCUGAAGAUCAACAUGCUGGUGAUUGAGCUGAAGUCCGAGGCCCUGAAGGAUCGCCACUGGAAGCAGCUGAUGAAGAGGCUGCACGUGAACUGGGUGGUGUCUGAGCUCACCCUCGGGCAGAUCUGGGAUGUCGACCUGCAGAAGAACGAAGCCAUCGUGAAGGACGUGCUGCUCGUGGCGCAAGGAGAGAUGGCACUGGAGGAGUUUUUGAAGCAGAUAAGAGAAGUGUGGAACACGUACGAGUUGGACUUGGUUAACUAUCAGAACAAGUGUCGCUUGAUUCGCGGCUGGGACGACCUCUUCAACAAGGUCAAAGAGCACAUCAACAGCGUCUCUGCCAUGAAGCUGUCUCCGUACUACAAGGUUUUCGAGGAGGACGCCCUGAGCUGGGAAGACAAGCUGAAUCGCAUCAUGGCCCUCUUUGACGUGUGGAUCGACGUGCAGAGGCGCUGGGUCUACCUGGAAGGCAUCUUCACGGGCAGCGCGGACAUCAAGCACCUGCUGCCCGUGGAAACCCAGCGGUUCCAGAGCAUCAGCACGGAGUUUUUGGCGCUCAUGAAAAAAGUAUCCAAGUCUCCUCUGGUGAUGGAUGUUCUCAACAUCCAGGGGGUGCAGAGGUCUCUGGAGAGGCUGGCAGACCUGCUGGGGAAGAUCCAGAAAGCACUGGGCGAGUACCUGGAAAGGGAGCGGUCAUCUUUCCCCCGGUUCUAUUUUGUGGGUGACGAAGAUUUGCUUGAAAUCAUUGGAAACAGCAAGAAUGUAGCUAAGUUACAGAAGCAUUUCAAGAAAAUGUUCGCCGGUGUGUCCAGCAUUAUCCUGAACGAGGACAACACUGUCGUCUUGGGCAUUUCAUCCCGCGAAGGAGAGGAGGUUAUAUUUAAAACUCCCGUGUCAAUUACCGAGCAUCCCAAAAUCAACGAGUGGCUCACGCUGGUAGAGAAGGAGAUGAGAGUCACACUGGCCAAGCUCCUGGCCGAGUCUGUGACGGAGGUUGAGAUUUUUGGUAAAGCGACUUCAAUCGACCCCAAUACCUACAUCACUUGGAUCGACAAAUACCAGGCCCAGCUUGUGGUUUUGUCAGCCCAGAUCGCCUGGUCUGAAAAUGUGGAGACAGCCCUGAGCGGGAACGGGGACACAGCAACCCUGCAGUCCGUGCUGAGCAACGUGGAGGUCACCCUCAACGUGCUGGCCGACUCGGUGCUCAUGGAGCAGCCCCCGCUGCGCCGGCGGAAGCUGGAGCACUUGAUCACAGAGCUGGUUCACCAGAGAGACGUCACCCGGGCCCUGAUCAAAAGCAAGAUCGACAACAGCAAGUCUUUUGAAUGGCUUCGCCAGAUGCGGUUUUACUUCGACCCUAAGCAGACGGACGUGUUGCAGCAGUUGUCCAUCCAAAUGGCAAACGCCAAGUUUAACUACGGCUUUGAGUACCUGGGAGUCCAGGACAAGCUGGUGCAGACGCCCCUCACUGACCGCUGCUACUUGACCAUGACGCAGGCCCUGGAGGCCAGGCUGGGCGGGUCCCCGUUUGGGCCUGCUGGGACCGGGAAGACCGAGUCUGUCAAGGCCCUGGGCCAUCAGCUGGGACGCUUUGUUUUGGUUUUCAACUGUGACGAAACCUUUGAUUUCCAGGCGAUGGGGCGCAUCUUUGUGGGCCUUUGCCAAGUGGGAGCGUGGGGCUGCUUUGACGAGUUCAACCGCCUGGAGGAGCGGAUGCUGUCGGCCGUGUCCCAGCAGGUGCAGUGCAUCCAGGAAGCGCUGCGGGAGCACUCCAACCCCAACUUCGAUAAGACCUCUGCCCCCAUUACUUGUGAGCUGCUGAACAAACAAGUCAAAGUGAGCCCGGACAUGGCCAUCUUCAUCACCAUGAACCCUGGCUACGCGGGCAGGUCCAACCUCCCAGACAACCUGAAGAAGCUGUUCCGGAGCUUGGCCAUGACCAAGCCCGACCGGCAGCUGAUCGCCCAGGUCAUGCUGUACUCCCAGGGCUUCCGCACGGCUGAAGUCCUCGCCAACAAAAUCGUCCCCUUCUUCAAGCUGUGUGACGAGCAGCUCUCCUCCCAGAGCCAUUACGACUUUGGGCUCCGAGCUUUGAAGAGUGUGCUGGUGAGUGCGGGCAACGUGAAGAGGGAGAGGAUUCAGAAGAUAAAGAGGGAGAAGGAAGAGCGAGGCGAAGUAGUGGAUGAAGGCGAGAUUGCGGAGAAUCUACCUGAACAGGAGAUCCUGAUCCAGAGCGUCUGUGAGACGAUGGUGCCGAAGCUGGUGGCGGAGGACAUCCCGCUGCUCUUCAGCCUCCUGUCGGACGUGUUCCCCGGCGUGCAGUACCACCGCGGGGAGAUGACCGCGCUGCGGGAGGAGCUGAAGAAAGUGUGCCAGGAGAUGUACCUGACGUAUGGGGACGGGGAAGAAGUCGGCGGCAUGUGGGUGGAAAAGGUCCUCCAGCUCUACCAGAUCACCCAGAUCAACCACGGCCUCAUGAUGGUGGGGCCCUCGGGCAGCGGGAAGAGCAUGGCCUGGCGCGUUCUUCUCAAGGCUCUGGAGAGACUCGAGGGGGUGGAAGGCGUGGCCCACAUCAUCGACCCCAAGGCCAUCAGCAAAGACCACCUGUACGGCACCCUGGACCCCAACACCCGGGAGUGGACCGAUGGGCUGUUCACACACGUCCUGAGAAAGAUCAUCGACAACGUGCGUGGCGAGCUGCAGAAGCGCCAGUGGGUCAUCUUCGAUGGCGACGUGGACCCCGAGUGGGUGGAGAACCUGAACUCGGUGCUGGAUGACAACAAGCUCCUGACCCUGCCCAACGGCGAGCGCCUCAGCCUCCCGCCCAACGUGCGGAUAAUGUUCGAAGUGCAGGACCUGAAGUACGCCACCCUGGCCACCGUGUCGCGCUGCGGCAUGGUCUGGUUCAGCGAGGACGUGCUCAGCACAGACAUGAUCUUCAACAACUUCCUGGCGCGGCUGCGCAGCAUCCCCCUGGACGAAGGGGAGGACGAGGCCCAGCGCCGGCGCAAGGGCAAGGAGGACGAGGGCGAGGAGGCCGCGUCCCCGAUGCUGCAGAUCCAAAGGGACGCGGCCACCAUCAUGCAGCCGUACUUCACGUCCAACGGCCUGGUCACCAAGGCCCUGGAGCACGCCUUCAAGCUGGAGCACAUCAUGGACCUGACGCGCCUGCGCUGCCUGGGCUCCCUCUUCUCCAUGCUGCACCAGGCCUGCCGCAACGUGGCCCAGUACAACGCCAACCACCCCGACUUCCCCAUGCAGAUCGAGCAGCUGGAGCGCUACAUCCAGCGCUAUCUGGUUUAUGCCAUUCUCUGGUCCUUGUCCGGGGACAGCCGGCUGAAAAUGAGGGCCGAGCUGGGCGAGUACAUCAGGAGGAUCACCACCGUGCCUCUGCCCGCCGCACCCAACAUCCCCAUCAUCGAUUACGAGGUGUCCAUCAGCGGGGAGUGGUCCCCGUGGCAGGCCAAGGUGCCUCAGAUCGAAGUGGAGACCCACAAGGUGGCGGCCCCAGACGUCGUGGUGCCGACCCUGGACACGGUGCGCCACGAAGCCCUCCUGUACACCUGGCUGGCCGAGCACAAGCCCCUGGUCCUGUGCGGCCCCCCCGGGUCCGGCAAAACCAUGACGCUCUUCAGUGCCCUGCGGGCCCUGCCCGACAUGGAGGUGGUGGGUCUGAACUUCUCGAGCGCCACCACUCCAGAGCUGCUGCUCAAGACCUUCGACCACUACUGCGAGUACCGGCGCACGCCCAACGGCGUCGUCCUGGCCCCCGUGCAGCUGGGCAAGUGGCUGGUGCUGUUCUGUGAUGAGAUCAACCUGCCAGACAUGGACAAGUACGGCACGCAGAGGGUCAUCUCCUUCAUCAGACAGAUGGUGGAGCAUGGAGGCUUUUACCGAACCUCCGAUCAAACCUGGGUGAAGCUGGAGAGGAUCCAGUUUGUCGGGGCUUGUAAUCCGCCCACGGAUCCCGGGAGAAAGCCUCUCUCUCACAGAUUCUUGCGUCACGUGCCUGUGGUGUACGUCGAUUACCCAGGACCCGCCUCCCUGACGCAGAUCUAUGGCACCUUCAACCGGGCCAUGCUGAGGCUCAUCCCGUCGCUGCGCACGUACGCGGAGCCGCUCACCGCCGCCAUGGUGGAGUUCUACACCAUGUCACAGGAGAGGUUCACCCAGGACACACAGCCCCACUAUAUCUACUCCCCCCGGGAGAUGACGAGGUGGGUGCGGGGCAUCUUUGAGGCCCUGAGGCCCCUGGAGACGCUGCCUGUGGAAGGGCUCAUUAGGAUCUGGGCCCAUGAAGCCCUGCGCCUCUUCCAGGACAGGCUUGUGGAGGACGAGGAGCGGCGCUGGACCGACGAGAACAUCGACAUGGUGGCUCUGAAGCACUUCCCCAACAUCGACAAGGAGAGAGCCAUGAGCCGGCCCAUCCUGUACAGCAACUGGCUGUCCAAGGAUUACAUCCCCGUAGACCAAGAGGAGUUGAGAGAUUACGUCAAAGCGAGGCUGAAAGUCUUCUACGAAGAAGAGCUGGACGUCCCCCUGGUCCUGUUUAAUGAAGUGCUGGACCACGUGCUCAGGAUCGACAGAAUAUUCCGCCAGCCUCAAGGCCACUUGCUGCUGAUUGGGGUCAGCGGAGCGGGGAAAACCACCCUGUCCCGAUUCGUGGCCUGGAUGAACGGUUUGAGUGUGUACCAGAUCAAGGUCCACAGGAAGUACACCGGGGAAGACUUCGACGAAGACCUUCGGACAGUGCUGAGGCGCUCUGGCUGCAAAAAUGAGAAGAUAGCAUUUAUAAUGGACGAGUCCAACGUGUUGGAUUCUGGAUUCCUGGAGCGAAUGAAUACGCUUCUGGCCAACGGAGAGGUCCCUGGUCUGUUCGAGGGCGACGAGUACGCCACCUUGAUGACCCAGUGCAAAGAGGGGGCCCAGAAGGAGGGCCUGAUGCUGGACUCGCACGAGGAGCUGUACAAGUGGUUCACCAGCCAGGUCAUCCGCAACCUCCACGUCGUCUUCACCAUGAACCCGUCCUCCGAGGGCCUCAAGGACCGCGCUGCCACGUCCCCGGCUCUUUUCAACAGGUGUGUGCUGAACUGGUUUGGGGACUGGUCCACGGAAGCGCUCUAUCAGGUUGGCAAAGAAUUCACCAGCAAGAUGGACCUGGAGAAGCCGAAUUACAUUGUGCCCGACUACAUGCCGGUCGUGUAUGACAAACUGCCGCAGCCACCGUCCCACCGGGAGGCCAUCGUCAACAGCUGUGUGUUUGUCCACCAGACUCUUCACCAGGCAAACGCUCGGCUCGCCAAGCGGGGCGGCAGGACGAUGGCCAUCACGCCUCGCCACUACCUGGACUUCAUCAACCACUACGCCAACCUGUUCCACGAGAAGCGGAGCGAGCUGGAGGAGCAGCAGAUGCACUUGAACGUCGGGCUCAGGAAGAUCAAGGAGACUGUCGACCAGGUCGAAGAGCUGCGCCGGGACUUGAGGAUAAAGAGCCAGGAGCUGGAGGUGAAGAAUGCGGCGGCCAAUGACAAGCUGAAGAAGAUGGUGAAGGACCAGCAGGAGGCCGAGAAGAAAAAGGUCAUGAGCCAGGAGAUCCAGGAGCAGCUGCACAAGCAGCAGGAGGGCAUCGCAGACAAGCAGAUGAGCGUCAAGGAGGACCUGGACAAGGUGGAGCCCGCUGUCAUCGAGGCCCAGAACGCCGUGAAGUCGAUCAAGAAGCAGCACUUGGUGGAGGUGCGGUCCAUGGCCAACCCCCCGGCCGCCGUGAAGCUGGCACUCGAGUCCAUCUGCCUGCUGCUGGGCGAGAGCACCACGGACUGGAAGCAGAUCCGCUCCAUCAUCAUGCGGGAGAACUUCAUCCCCACCAUCGUCAACUUCUCUGCCGAGGAGAUCAGUGACGCCAUAAGGGAGAAGAUGAAGAAGAACUACAUGUCCAACCCGAGCUACAACUAUGAAAUCGUGAACCGCGCGUCCCUGGCCUGCGGGCCCAUGGUGAAGUGGGCCAUCGCACAGCUCAACUACGCGGACAUGCUGAAGCGCGUGGAGCCUCUGCGCAACGAGCUGCAGAAGCUGGAGGACGACGCCAAGGACAACCAGCAGAAGGCCAACGAGGUGGAGCAGAUGAUCCGGGACCUGGAGGCCAGCAUCGCCCGCUACAAGGAGGAGUACGCGGUGCUCAUCUCCGAGGCCCAGGCCAUCAAAGCAGACCUGGCCGCCGUGGAGGCGAAGGUAAACCGGAGCACUGCCCUCCUGAAGAGCCUGUCCGCGGAGCGCGAACGCUGGGAAAAAACCAGCGAAACCUUCAAGAACCAGAUGUCCACCAUCGCUGGGGACUGCCUCCUGUCGGCGGCGUUCAUUGCCUACGCGGGUUACUUCGACCAGCAGAUGCGGCAGAACCUGUUCACCACGUGGUCCCACCACCUGCAGCAGGCCAACAUCCAGUUCCGCACAGACAUCGCCCGGACGGAGUACCUGUCCAACGCCGACGAGCGCCUCCGCUGGCAGGCCAGCUCCUUACCUGCCGACGACCUGUGCACAGAGAACGCCAUCAUGCUCAAACGCUUCAACAGGUACCCGCUGAUCAUCGACCCCUCGGGACAGGCCACGGAGUUCAUCAUGAACGAGUACAAGGACCGCAAGAUCACGCGGACCAGCUUCCUGGACGACGCCUUCAGGAAGAACCUGGAGAGCGCGCUGCGGUUCGGGAACCCGCUGCUGGUCCAGGACGUGGAAAGCUACGACCCGGUGUUGAACCCGGUGCUGAACCGUGAGGUGCGGCGCACGGGCGGGAGAGUGCUGAUCACCCUCGGGGACCAGGACAUUGACCUGUCGCCCUCGUUCGUCAUCUUCCUGUCCACCCGCGAUCCAACCGUGGAGUUCCCUCCAGACCUCUGCUCCCGGGUCACCUUCGUCAACUUCACCGUCACCCGCAGCAGCUUACAGAGCCAGUGCCUCAAUGAGGUGCUCAAAGCAGAGAGACCGGACGUGGACGAGAAACGCUCCGACCUCCUUAAGCUCCAAGGCGAGUUCCAGCUCCGCCUGCGGCAGCUGGAGAAGUCCCUGCUGCAGGCGCUCAAUGAGGUGAAGGGGCGCAUCCUGGACGACGACACCAUCAUCACGACGCUGGAGAACCUCAAGCGGGAGGCCGCCGAGGUGACGCGCAAGGUCGAGGAGACCGACAUCGUGAUGCAGGAGGUGGAGACGGUGUCCCAGCAGUACCUGCCGCUGUCCACCGCCUGCAGCAGCAUCUACUUCACCAUGGAGUCCCUGAAGCAGAUACACUUCCUGUACCAGUACUCGCUGCAGUUCUUCCUGGACAUCUACCACAACGUGCUGUACGAGAACCCCAACCUGAAGGGCAUCACGGACCACACGCAGCGCCUCUCCAUCAUCACCAAGGACCUCUUCCAGGUGGCGUUCAACCGGGUGGCCCGGGGCAUGCUGCACCAGGACCACAUCACCUUUGCCAUGCUGCUGGCCAGGAUCAAGCUGAAGGGCACCCUCGGGGAGCCCACCUACGAUGCAGAGUUCCAGCACUUCCUGAGAGGGAAGGAGAUCGUGCUGACGGCCGGCUCCACGCCCACCAUCCAGGGCCUGACGGUGGAGCAGGCCGAAGCCGUGGUGAGGCUGAGCUGCCUCCCUGCCUUCAGAGACCUGAUCGCCAAGGUCCAGGCCGACGAGCAAUUUGGCAUCUGGCUGGACAGCAGCUCCCCCGAGCAGACGGUGCCCUACCUCUGGAGUGAAGAGAGCCCCGCAUCGCCCAUCGGGCAAGCCAUCCACCGCCUGCUGCUGAUCCAGGCUUUCCGCCCCGACCGCCUGCUGGCCAUGGCCCACGUGUUCGUCUCCACGAACCUCGGGGAGUCCUUCAUGUCCAUCAUGGAGCAGCCGCUCGACCUGACGCACAUCGUGGACACGGAGGUGAAGCCCAACACGCCUGUCCUCAUGUGCUCCGUGCCUGGCUACGACGCCAGCGGGCACGUGGAAGACCUGGCGGCUGAGCAGAACACGCAGAUCACGUCCAUCGCGAUCGGCUCCGCAGAAGGCUUCAACCAGGCAGACAAGGCGAUCAACACGGCGGUGAAGUCGGGCAGGUGGGUGAUGCUGAAGAACGUGCACCUGGCCCCGGGGUGGCUGAUGCAGCUCGAGAAGAAGCUGCACUCCCUGCAGCCGCACGCCUGCUUCCGGCUCUUCCUCACCAUGGAGAUCAACCCCAAGGUGCCCGUGAACCUGCUCCGAGCUGGCCGCAUCUUUGUCUUCGAGCCACCCCCAGGGGUGAAGGCCAACAUGCUGAGGACGUUCAGCAGCAUCCCCGUCUCGCGGAUAUGCAAGUCUCCCAACGAGCGUGCGCGCUUGUACUUCCUGCUGGCCUGGUUCCACGCCAUCAUCCAGGAACGCUUACGCUACGCUCCCCUGGGCUGGUCCAAGAAGUACGAGUUUGGGGAGUCGGACCUGCGGUCGGCCUGCGACACCGUGGACACAUGGCUGGACGACACGGCAAAGGGGCGGCAGAACAUCUCGCCGGACAAGAUCCCCUGGUCCGCGCUGAAGACCCUGAUGGCCCAGUCCAUCUAUGGCGGGCGCGUGGACAACGAGUUCGACCAGCGUCUGCUCAACACCUUCCUGGAGCGCCUCUUCACCACCAAGAGUUUUGACAGCGAGUUCAAGCUGGCCUGCAAGGUGGACGGGCACAAGGACAUCCAAAUGCCGGACGGCAUCAGGCGAGAGGAGUUUGUGCAGUGGGUGGAGCUGCUCCCCGACACCCAGACGCCCUCCUGGCUGGGCCUGCCCAACAACGCCGAGAGAGUCCUCCUCACCACCCAGGGCGUGGACAUGAUCAGCAAGAUGCUGAAGAUGCAGAUGCUGGAGGACGAGGAUGACCUGGCCUACGCCGAGACCGAGAAGAAGGCGCGGGCGGACUCCACGUCCGACGGCCGCCCCGCCUGGAUGAGGACGCUGCACACCACCGCCUCCAACUGGCUGCACCUCAUCCCCCAGACGCUGAGCCACCUCAAGCGGACGGUGGACAACAUUAAGGACCCCCUGUUCCGAUUCUUCGAGAGAGAAGUGAAGAUGGGCGCCAAGUUGCUGCAGGAUGUCCGCCAGGACCUCGCUGACGUGGUCCAAGUGUGCGAGGGGAAGAAGAAGCAGACCAACUACCUGCGCACGCUCAUCAACGAGCUGGUGAAAGGGAUCUUGCCGCGCAGCUGGUCCCACUACACAGUUCCUGCGGGCAUGACCGUCAUCCAGUGGGUGGCUGACUUCAGCGAGAGGAUCAAGCAGCUACAGAAUAUUUCUCUGGCGGCUGCGUCCGGCGGCGCCAAGGAGCUGAAGAACAUCCACGUGUGUCUGGGCGGCCUGUUUGUGCCCGAGGCGUACAUCACCGCCACCAGGCAGUACGUGGCCCAGGCCAACAGCUGGUCCCUGGAGGAGCUCUGCCUGGAGGUCAAUGUCACCACUUCGCAGAACACCACCCUGGACGCCUGCAGCUUUGGGGUCACGGGUUUGAAGCUGCAGGGAGCCACAUGCAGCAACAACAAGCUCUCGCUCUCCAACGCCAUCUCCACGGUCCUGCCGCUCACGCAGCUGCGCUGGGUCAAGCAGACCAACGCGGAGAAGAAGGCUAACGUGGUGACCCUGCCUGUCUACCUGAACUUCACCCGGGCAGACCUCAUCUUCACGGUGGACUUCGAAAUCGCCACCAAGGAAGACCCUCGCAGCUUCUACGAGCGUGGGGUGGCCGUCCUGUGCACGGAGUGAGCGCCGUCUCUCAGUCCCCGUCUCCGUCUGCAGGGGAAGAUGCAAUAUUUAACACGCACUCGUUCUUAAAGCCUCCAAAGGCAUGCACUUGGCAAAGCCACAUCGUCGGUGUGAGGCUGGAGGAGCAAGAGUGCCGACGACGGUCAGGACUGGUGGGAGGGAGGUUGACGGGCCCAGGCCUGUGCUUUGAGGUCGAUGGCAUGGCUUGUUUUAUUAAAUAAAACACUAAGCAUGA